GUCACUGCUUACGUGUCAUCUUGCACUGCUGCUGUACCUUCAUUUUGUGAACCUGUUUUCAUGUAUUCCUCUGUAAAAGCCCUAAUUAACUGAAAUUCUAUUUGCGCUCUAUAUUUGUAACCAACUAGCGUUGUUCGUGUGAAGACCUAAUAUUUUUUAUAUAUCUCCAAUUCUUAACUUUCCUCCAUUUCUCUGUACAUAAACCGGGUCUAACAUCUAUUUGUCCUUUCGAAUUUUCGUUCUUUGCUGGUAGUCACAAGCAAACUAACAUCGCAGAUGGAGCUGCAAGCAUGGUUGAUGCUAUGUGGAGUCGGGGUGGCAGGUGUAGCAGCCGUGUUGCUGCUGAUGGGCUUGUUUUCUGCCUCGGGAACUAGUUAUGAGGAAGCUAUAGCGCAGCAACGUAAAGCUACCACUGAGCUACUCUCCCUGGCAGAGAACAAAAACAAAGCCAAAAAGAAAGAUAAAAAGGAGAAAAAAGAAAAGAAGUUGGCCAAGAAAGAGAAGUCCAAGGAAAAUGUUACGGUGGCUACUAGUAGUGAUCCAGAAAGUGAGGCACCAGCUGAGAGUGGCAUGGAAGAUGACUCUGUGCCCUCAGAAAAACCUCAUGUGGAAUUCCGCCCACCUGUUGUUGUUGACAUCGCUAGAGACACCCCUCCAGCUGUUAAGAUUCGCAAACGCGGUAAAGAUCCUAAAGUUAAGCCGAUACUGUUAAACAAAGAGGAUCCAAGCUGCGUUAGCGAUCCUGGCUCGCUGCCCCCAACAGUCCCUGUCUCCAAUAAUUUUGAGGAGAUGCAUCCCAAGGACGAGUUUGAAUUGUUGCAAUCUUCAUUGGCAACUGAAAAAGUUGCCGAAAAGAAAGAAGAAGUAGUCGAGAAAAAAGACAGCAAGGCAAGCAAAGCAGCAAAGAACACCAAGGCAGUUGCCAAAACCGCUCCAGUCGAAGAGGCCGCUAAAGUGGAGCCGGCGGCUGAGCGGCAGGCCAGUGCCGAGGUGGCGAAAGAACAGCGUAAAGCCAAGAAAGUGGAGAAGAAGCAAGCUGAUGAGACGUCCGAGAGCGGAAAGGAGGAGUCCGUUCCUCCGCUCAACGUGCCGCAGCCUAGCGAGCUCACCACGGAGAAGCUGCUGAAGCAAGCCAUGGCGCCCGCCACCGCGCCCGCGCCCUCUCCCCCGCCCACCAAGAACAAGAAGAAGAAGCCCGAGCCGAACGUGCUUACGCUUAUGGCGGCUGGCGACGGAGGCGGCGUGAACGUGGGCGAACUAGUUCGCGUGAUCCGCGAGGCGGCGCUGUCCCGCACCGAGAUCCAAAUACUGACCGACGCGCUGCUCAACAAGCACCACGACCCGCUGCCCGAGCACUCCGAGUGGACCGAAGGACCCAAUGAUCCCAUGCAGAAGCUGAAGAAACAGCUCGCCGACAAAGAAAAGGCUCUAGCUGACGAAAUUGAAGCGAGUCAAGCUCUCCAUGCUAAACUCAAAGAGCUACGGUAAGUACUCUACAGAGACA